GCCCCUCUGUGUACUCAUCGUUUCAUAAAACACAAAGUAAAAAAAAAAAAAAAACUUUCAGCUGACAUUUACAUUUGCAUUUCUCUCUCUCUCUUUAUAGUUUUGUUCAGUUCGUCCAUUUCUACUAUGGAUUCUUGCUCCCCUUUUGAUUCUAUUAUUUUCGAUUUGGAUGAUACUCUGUACUCGUCCAAGACUGGAAUUGGGCAAGCAUUGAAGAAGAACAUUGACGAUUAUCUGGUAGAGAAAUGUGGUUUUCCAGAGUCUAAAGCAUCAGCUUUGCGUGUUGAGCUUUUCAAAACUUACGGCAGCUCUCUCGCCGGUUUACGGGCUAUAGGCUAUGAUGUUGAUGCAGAUGAUUAUCACAGCUAUGUGCACGGAAGAUUGCCAUAUGAUUUGAUUAAACCGGAUGCUCAGUUACGAAGCAUCUUGUGUAGUAUUAAUCAAAGGAAAAUUGUUUUCACGAAUUCUGAUCGAAUUCAUGCGAUAAAGGCUUUGGAACGUCUUGGAAUUAAGGAUUGUUUUGAACAAAUUAUUUGUUUCGAGACGAUGAAUUUUAACCUCUCUAAGGCAACACGGCCAGAAGAGAUUCCGGUGAUAUUGAAGCCUUCAAUGAAGGCAAUGAAUAUAGCCAUCGAAGCUGCUCAGGUUGAUCCUUGUCGCACGCUCUUCCUUGAUGAUAAUGUUAAGAACAUAGCUGCUGGGAAAGCUGUGGGGCUCCGAACAGUUUUGGGGCGUAUCUAGCAUACUAAGUGGGUGUUCAAUUGACCCUCUAGCUUUCGACGCGGAGUAUAAAUUAUGCGUAAAAAAUUAUUAAAAUUUUAAUAAAUAGUAGAUAUGAAUUCAUAACUUUAAAAAUAUAAUGGUUCAAUACUAAAAAUCUUAAGAUUGAACCCAUAGAAUUUAAAUUUUAGAUCCGCCUCUGAUCUCGUGGAUAGUGAGAUUGAGAAGGUAAAAGAAAAACAGACUGAUUGAAAACUCUUACUUCUGAAAUUGAUAUAGAGUGAUAUUCAAUGACUGAUUUUGACCAAAGAGGUUCAUCUAUACAUGGAAAAAAUAUAUUUUUGACCUUGUAAAUAUCGUUUAAUUUCCCAACAGAACGGGAACAUUCGCCUUCCGCUCUUCUAGCUCUGCCCCUGGUGAUAUCUAACCGCGACUUAAUGCAGAUCGUAUUUGAUAUGAAAAAGAAAUCGGAAUUACAACUUAUUCACAUAAAUUAUACUUGUGUAUUACAUUCCAUGACGUAUGAGUUCAUUUGGACCCAAAACAGAAGGUGAUGUUCCUCUGUUUUUAAGAACGAUCUGGCCGUCUAACUCGAACUUGAUGAUUAAAUUUGCGAAAGUUCAACAAGUGCAAUGGUGCUAAGUAAGUUACAGAAACAUAACAAGAAUAAGGAACAAGAAAGAUAUUUCAGUUUGUGCUUAUCUCAAAUAGCAUGUGACCUUGGUGUCCUGCUUUUCAACAAACAAAGUUAGGUAUUGCUUUUUCUACAGCACGAUAAGUACAAAGAAUAUGACCCGACAGCCUUGUAGUACAACUUUGGCACGUCAACCUGAAACGUGGAUGAUUGAAUAUGCAAAAAAUUGUACGCGUUUAACUAAUGGUACUUUGGCAAGUACUAUGGAAGUUCGAUAUAUGACAAGAAUGUACAAGAUGGAUAUUUUUAGCUUGUGCUUAUCCCAAAUAACAUGUCAUGACAUUGACCUGUCCCCUGCUCGUUUGUAUCUUAUCUUCAUCGAUCAAAGUAUUUAUGGGUCAAAAGUUUUAACUGAGGAGUUACAAAGGAAACACUUAUCUAAUGUAUAUAUACCAAGAAACACGUAAAUAAAAUAAAAAACAAACUUAACAGA